GAAUCAUUUAUUUACGCAGUUUAGGCAACACGUGAUCCAAUCAAAUCAUUUCAGUUGAGUAAAGAUGUUAACAAAUUAACCUUAAAGUGCUACUAAAAACUAUUUUUACUGUUAAAAAUGCGAUUCCACUCCGCCUGAAUUCUACUCCUAGAUGUCGCUGUUACUCUUUUCUUGCAUGCUGGACGUUUCCUAAGACUUUGCCCUUUAGGUUUCCAUGCUAUAGAUAACCUAAAAUGAUUCACUUUUCAUAAAUGUCAUAUACAACCCAUAGAUUUUUACAGUACCAGUCAAAUGCUUGGACGCACAUUCUUUUUCACAUUUUAUACAGUAAGUCUUUUAACAUAGGCUACUGUACGGCUUAAAAUAGACAACCAAGCAGCCCAAUGAGCCUUCAGUAUUCAAUAUGCAGUAGUCAACAUUUAAAAUGGAUGAAAAAAAACCGAAUCAAAGACAAAAACUACAAUUAUAGCCUAGUAUAGCUAUAGUAGUGUAGGCCUAUACCAUCGUUCAUCCAUAUUAAGGUUGCCAACUUACAGUAGUCAGUUGUUUGCCGUUGUAGAAGUGAAUAAUAUGAACAGAACUCUGCCCUAGCAUACUAUUGUUUGGAAAAACGCACUCUGAGCUCGAUUAUAAGCGAGCAACGCUGAAAUAAAGCUGACAGGUGUUUGCCCGCCUGGACUUUUCCUUUGACUAAUCACGAAAGGUCUCAUAUAUCAAGUGUCUCUCAUUUCACGGUGAGCUUGCAUUCAUGCCCCAGGUCAACGAUGUUUUAUACACGACCGCUAGAGGUUGAUGCAAACCCUCCAGAGUGUGGGCCGGACUACCGCUUUCAACACUUUUUUCAGGGAUGUAGUCUUCUGUCGAGCUAGUUCACGCGCUGACUCCCGAAGGCUGCGCGCUUCCGUUCCCGGGCGCUCGGUGCUGCGCGAGAGAAGAGUUCAGAAUUCGAUUCGGGUUCAUGACAGCAGUGAAGAUGUUGGUGCGGCGCAAGCGACGGAUGACCUGAGGCGUCACCUUGAAGCCUGAGAAGACAUUCACUGUAGGUUUGAGAAUAAAGACUUGACCAAUAAAGAACUCGAACAAAGUCAGCUAUUAAUGGUGCGCCAUGGUGAGCACCAUCAUCAACCCAGCAGUCGCUUGGUGAAAGCAUCAUCCUGAGAAAUAAAGAUGAGAGCGCCAACUUUUGGACUUCUGUGGAGCUGUCUCGGCUUUCUUCACGGCGUUCAGUGCGGUUUAGGAGACAACCACGUGCAUUCGAGCUUUAUUUACAGGCGGCUGCGUAACCACGAGCGGCGAGAGAUCCAGAGAGAAAUCCUCUCCAUCCUGGGCUUGCCUCACCGUCCCAGGCCCUUUUCCCCGGGCAAACAAGCGUCGUCGGCGCCGCUCUUCAUGCUGGACCUGUACAACGCGAUGACGACCGAGGAGGAGGACGCGAUACUCGGGAAGACGCUCUCUGGGAAAGCGCGUAAAAGCGCCUCUGUGGUUCCACACGGAUACUCGAGCGCGCCGCAGCAGCCGUACCGCGCUGCGCCCUCGACCAGUCAGAGCCCACCUCUGGCCACCGCGCAAGACACCAACUUUCUUAACGACGCGGAUAUGGUGAUGAGCUUUGUCAAUCUUGUCGAGCGGGACAAGGAUUUCUCUCAUCACAGACGACACUACAGGGAGUUUCGUUUCGACCUGACUCAGAUUCCGGAAGGCGAGGCAGUGACCGCCGCCGAGUUCAGGAUUUAUAAGGAUCAAAGUCACAUCAGAUAUGAGAACAUCACACUCAAGGUCACCAUAUUCCAAGUCAUCAAAGAAUAUCCAAACAGGGAUGCUGAAACCUUUCUCCUGGACUCCAAAAAGAUCCGCGCUACCGAUGGGGGGUGGCUGGUGUUUGACAUCACGGCCACUAGUAAUCACUGGGUUCUGAACCCACAGCAGAACAUGGGCCUGCAGCUCUGCGUGGAGACCACCGACGGUAGAAGCAUCAACAUGAAAUCUGCUGGCAUCAUUGGAAGGAAUGGACCUCAGUCUAAACAGCCAUUCCUGGUUGCUUUUUUCAAAGCCAGUGAGGUUCUGCUCCGUUCUGUAAGAGCCACAGGAAGCAAGAGAAAAAGCCACAACAGAAACAAAAGCAGAACACAACAGAAAUCUUCGCCGGCUCUCAAAAGUGGAGAUCAGAACACCAGUGAACAGAGACAAGCCUGCAAGAAGCAUGAACUUUACGUGAGCUUCCGCGACUUAGGAUGGCAGGAUUGGAUUAUUGCUCCAGAGGGCUACGCAGCCUUUUAUUGUGAUGGAGAAUGUUCGUUUCCACUCAAUGCUCAUAUGAAUGCGACAAAUCAUGCGAUUGUGCAGACCUUGGUCCAUCUAAUGUUUCCUGAUAAUGUGCCAAAGCCUUGCUGUGCACCGACCAAACUGAAUGCCAUAUCGGUGCUGUAUUUUGAUGACAGCUCAAACGUAAUUCUGAAGAAGUACAGGAAUAUGGUUGUGAGGUCCUGCGGAUGCCAUUGAGGACAGAGGAGCUUCCGUGUCAUAUUGCUGGAAUAACAUAUCAAAAGAAAUAGUUUUUGACAUUUGAUGUACAGUAUUAUGUAUAUAUUAGCUCAUGAUUCCUCUUAUUUAUUUGGCUUCGUUUUGUAAUAACGUUUUUUUAAUUUGAGAGAUGUAGAUGAGUUACCACUCUUUUACCACAGAUCCACAGCUGAUUGUUCUUUCUCUGAGAACACGUUAAUGAUUUAGGCCAGUUAGAGAGAGUUUUACAGGAUCAAGUGUAAUUGCAUUUCUUUAGAUUAAACGUCAAGUUCAUAAGCAACCACUCCAAAACAGAACUGCUGCUAUUUUACAAAAGAAAUGCAAAUGCCUUAAACUCUAAGUCACCUAAUUGCAUUUUUAUGUGAGGGAAAACAGCCAUAUUGGAUUUCGCAAGCAAUUACACAAACAAAUGUUGUCGUUUCAUUUUUUUUAAAAACUAAAAUUAUCGUAGUGUUGUUGUAAAAGCACUGAGUAUGUCCUAGGACUAUACGAUGCAUAUUUCCUCAAAUAGCCCAAAGUAUUGCAACCCACAAUUACUGUUUCAUAUUAGUUUGCUUUAGAAAUCAGUGGGUGGAUAUGCAAAAUAUAUAUAUUUUUUCUUUGAGCAAAUAUUCCUCUUCCUUAUAUACACUUGCAUUAGUACUUUGAGUAAUAUAUUUUUUUUGGAAAAUAUUGCAUUUAUUAUUUUAGAACAGUGUUUGUACGUCAUUAAAUCUAUUUUCAAAUAUAUUUUCUGCGUCUGUCUCUACUGUGCUUGUUGCAUGAACUUAUGCAAAUCUGCGUUUACUCAUCUGAUCAAAACUCGCCACUUGUUAUGAAGUCCCUGUUUGUCAGAAAAUGCCGGAAAUGCCAGAAAAUUGAGCGACUGUAUUUUACUUAAUUGAAACCAGUGGUCAGGGCACCCAGAUGUUAUGUGGUCCCAAACUAAAAAAAGAGUGUUGACGUCCAAUGAAUAGCGGAGGCCACCUGCUAACUUAACUUCUAGCGGCGUGGAUGAUUUGCAUUCCUGCGGCCUGCUGCCCUGCAUGAUUACUCCUGCUGCUUCACAAUCCCAUCUACUGUUUAAUAUCAUGGAUUCCUUCCAAUUCCACUAAACGUCUUCCUUUCUACAACACCAGGCCCAGUGUGAACGCUGCUAUUUUAAGGAAAUCUGUGCCAGUGAGCAGACUCUCUUAGUAUAGUAGCCACAUAAAAGGGGAAAAGGGAUCAUUCACCAUCAUGAGCAUAAACGAAUAUGCUGAGCACACAUAUGCACGGGAUCGAUCAGAGUGGGGCCCUACGGAUCCUUAUUUGACACACAACAGUGACAGCAUUUACACUGUUCUGUCUGACGCGCAUUAACCUGAUUGUUAUACCUUAACUGGAUUAAGCUAAUAUUCUGGUUUUUAGUGUUCUAAGGCAGCUGGAAUAAGUUUACGUGAAUUGGAAUUUCGUGUGGCGAUCUGCACAUGUCCAAACGAAUGUAAUUAUCAGCGUUACAACUCAGUUGUGAAAAAUGAAGCUAUCCAGAUCAUUUUUACAGCAAAAAGGAGACGGAUUGUAUUACGUUGACUCUUUUCCAGAUUAAAGGCUUAACCAGACCACAGGGUUUAAUCGGAAAAUGAUGUGCAUGUAAACAUGCUUGCUGAAAUUGUUAACAGAAUUUGAAUUUUAUGUUUUUUGAACCAUAAAACUAGCGGACACCCACCGCACUGCAAGUCUGUGCCUCAUGCAUAUUCUAGCUCAAAUUGCUGCUCUGUUUUUGCUCUUUGACUUUAUUGUAGUAAUGAGCUUCAUAUGCUUGUUGUUUUGUGUAGUCAAAGGGGCGAUUGUCAAUCAUAUUCCUGUGUUACACUGCAAUAAACCUCGGUAUGCCUGAAAUGAAAGCAUGACCUACAGUGGACGACACAAACAAAGCUAAAAAUGCAGUUCUUUUGUGCCGUACACAUAU